AUGAAGGAGUGACACUCGCAGUGCGCUCUCGCUGACAGCAUCUGACGUGGGGGACUGGCAUAGACCGAAAAUGCACCUGCUGCUGGUCUUUCCUCUCCUCUGCUGGGUCUCAGGUUUCUCUGCUGCAGAGAAAGAUAUCACUGGUCCCAAGGAAGUGAGUGGUCAUGAAGGGGGCUCACUGACUGUGCACUGUCAUUAUUCCUCAAAGUGGAAGACCAAGCCGAAGUGGUGGUGUCGAGGAGCUAAGUGGCUUAGCUGCAAGGAGCUGAUUAAAACCAAAGGAUCAGAGAAAGAGGAGAAGAAGAGGCGCUUGUCCAUCAGGGACAACCACAAAAAUUUCACGUUCAGUGUAACAGUGAAUGAUCUCACGAGAAAUGAUGCUGGUAGUUACUGGUGUGGGAUUGAAAAACCUGCAUCUGACCUUGGGGUCCCAGUUCAAGUGAUUAUUGGUCCAGCACCAACUACAGUGCCAACCACAGUCCCCACCACCUCUGUCUCUACGAUGAAUACAUUCACAGUACCAGUCACCACUGAAGAGACCACGAGCUUCCUGACUCCAACCGACUAUCCCUUCAGUCACAGGGUCAGCAUCACAGACCUCAGCAUCCUCCUCCCGCUCGUGUUUGUGGUGCUGCUGUUUCUCUUGGUGGCUGCCUCACUCCUGGCUUGGAGGAUGAUGAAGCAACAGAAGAAGGGGAAGAGCUCUUCCUUUGCUCAGGGAUCACGAGUGGCUGCGCUGUCCUCCGAGCAGCCCGUUGAAGGUGACCUCUGCUACGCAAACCUGUCACUGCAUCAGUCUGCAGCCUGUCCGGACUCCACCUGGCAAAAGGCCUCCAGCAAGGCCCCAGCCAACCAGGGAGAAGUGGAAUACGUCACCAUGGCUCCUUUUCCGAGACAGGACGUUUCCUAUGCAUCCCUGUGUUUGGAUGUCUUGGAUCAGGAGCCAACCUACAGCAACACCGGCCACACUCCCAGCAGGGCCUACAAGGAGUCCACAGAAUACAGCAGCAUCAGGCGGCCUUAGCCUGGGCCUGGCCUUUCUCUUGGACCUUGCAGGGGGCUGAGGAGCAUGUUGCCCCCUGUCUGCUUUCUGCCCCUGCCCGCCACCAGGACCAGCUUAUGACUGAAGCUCUGCCUGUUCUGCCAGCGUGGCCCCCAACUGUUUCUUGGGGCUUUGGUGACCAGUCUCUGGGAACUUCAAGGAAUUAGGGUUCUUUCCACAUCCCCCACCCCCCACCUAGCUUGGGCAGGGUCUGAAGAUACAGUCUGUGGCUGCAUGUGAAUAAUAAGGACAAAGGUGGCAAUAAUAGUAAUUACCCUUUAUUUAUUGCUUGUCUGCAUCCUGAUCCCCAGCAUGCGCAAAUGUAGCCCACAUAGCGAAAGACAAGGAACAUACGCAACUAAGUUGAAGAUUUGGAGAUGUGGAGAUCCUUCUGGAUUAUUCCAGGGGGAACCUGAUGUAUAAUCAUAAGACUCCUUCUAAGAAGGAGGCAAGGAAAUCAGAAGGGGAGGGGACAGUGUGACGCCAGAAGUGGAGGCUCGAGCGAUGCGGUGAGGAGUAAAGGAAUGCUGCCACCUCCAGGGACUGGGAGAGGCAAGGGACAUACUGUUCCCCGGAGCCUCCAAGAAGAGCCACCCCUGCCAGCACCUUGGCUUGAGUUUAGUGGAACUGAAUUUGAUGUUCUAGCCUCCUGAAGUAGAGGGGAAUAAAUUUGUAUUGUUUUGUUUAAUUUUUAAUUUUUUUUUUCACG